UUCAGGCGUGCUGUCCCGCAGCAGACGGGUGAAAAGAGUUGUCGGCGGAAUUGAAGUGCCUUGUGGCAGCCAAGAUCAAAUAGCGUCUCUACGUAACGCUACGACAUCCAAGCAUCUCUGUGGAACCGUCGUCCUAACGAGAAAAGUCGCCGUAACCGCAGCACAUUGUGUGAUGCACGCUUCAAAUAGUUACAUUAUACACCUUAAUAACUAUUGCGUUAGAGACGCAGAGGGCACACCUCGAUCCCGAGUUUUGGAUAUUGUCAGACAUCCUUUAUAUAACGAAUCCUCUAAGGAACACGACAUAGCGUUAUUAAGGUUACAGCUGUAUUUAGAUGACAUAACGUGGCUUAAUGUGCUACCUUACUCCUCAUUCGGAAUAUCAGGAGGCUGCGUAUUUUACGGCUAUGGGUACUACGAUGAAAAGGAAGUGCCUUCACAAACUUUGAGAGCUGCAGCCCUUGAACUGAUGUCACUCGACAAGUGUACCGAAUUAUUAGGAAAAUAUGUCGCCCCUGAACCAAAUAGUGGGAUGCUUUGUGCUUCAGGAAAUGGGGCCGACGCCUGUCUGGGCGAUUCGGGAGGUCCGCUAAUAUGUGCGGGUAAACUUCAAGGCUUAUCUAGUUACGGGCUCACUUGCUCGAAGCACGGAUUGCCGGGAGUUUACACUAGCAUUGGAGCUCAUUUGCACUGGAUACUAGGAUUUUUAGGAAAAUAAAAAAUAUAUAUAUUUGAACCAAAA